GACGACCGUAGUGUGUAGUGGGUAUUAUAGUACGCACGUCUUGCGCCAUUCCGUCGUCUACACAUGGACGUGUCACACGUGUAGUUUGUGCCCGCGCUGCACACCGUAACGACUUAACGCGCCUUAUCGUUUUUUUUUUUUUUUUUUUUAUCGACAUUAUAAAAAGGAUUUUACGACGGAAAAUUCGUCGUCGUGCGACACAACAAUAUUAUACCGUCAUCGAUUAUAAUAUAUAAAUAUAUUUAAAAAAAAAAAAAAUUACAUUUAUAUUUUUUGAUUUUUACGCGUGUUCUGUGUUCGUCUGACAUUGUGUGCGGGAGGCUGCAACAGUGCCGCGGCGAUAAACGCUGUCCGCUGAUUCCAUCGCGUAUUUGCGUGCACCUAUUUAAAAUACUCGUACGCCGCGGUGUAUGUAUAUUAUAAUAAAAUAUAAAUAUAUGAAAUAAUCGACGACCAUCCGGCCCGGAGCACCGCCGCCGAGAAUAUUGUGUACAAUUUUUUAAAAUUUUUAAAAAUAGAAAAACCGCGCGGCACAUGCGCCACGAGUUCUAUUAUUGUACGGACGCAGGUCGAAUUACUCGUACUCGUGCCGUGGCGGGAGGGCGACUGUGGAAUUCAACACGACGACGACGACGGCAUAACCGUUCGUAUCUUCACCGCAGUGGCAACAGCACACCGCCGGUGUCACGCCGUUAUCAGUGCCGCGGCCGUUGUUAUCAGUGACGUUUGUUUUCGUUAUUUUUGUUAAAAUUUUCUAUUAUUGUUGUUCCCGUGUACCCGUACCCCCGAAGUCCUAGGUCUCUCGCGGACCCCAAGUAAAAUCACGUCCCAGUCCCGGUCCCUCCCCUCCCCUCCCCCCGGAUAGGAAAACGCGAGUGAGUCGUAUCGUACUCGCCGUUUUCCGCGGUCGGCCGGCGCUGACCGUAUCGCGUGUGCGUGCAGUGCGUGGAUGACCAGUCGUAGGCGGUCAAGUGCAUGAGGUGGACAGCGAUGGACAGUGCGUCUGGCGGUGGCGGCCGCGACAAUAGAUUCGGCAUGGGUUACGCGUCGAACAUGUCGCUGUUGGACCCGUCGGACAUUUACAACAACGGCGUCGGCGGCCAACAGCAACGGCCGUCCACGUCGCGCACACCGCCCAUGAUGGGAUGCGGUCCCGGCGGUCCUGUUCACCAGCGCGGCAUCAAGCGAACGAUGGGCCCCGGCACCAACAUGUGCUACGAACCGACCGACCACCAUCGGUUGGUCGACGACAAUUUUUCGCCACCCUCCGUCAAGGACGUGUCGCCGUCGAACGGCAAGAAAACCAAGGGCCGUGUGAAAAUCAAAAUGGAGUACAUUGAGAAUAAGUUGCGCAGAUACACAACGUUCUCCAAGAGGAAAACCGGCAUCAUGAAGAAGGCAUAUGAGUUGUCAACGUUAACAGGCACUCAAGUGAUGUUAUUAGUAGCAUCUGAAACGGGACAUGUUUAUACCUUUGCCACGCGCAAGUUACAGCCGAUGAUUACUUCAGAAGCUGGCAAAGCGCUAAUUCAAACAUGCUUAAAUUCACCAGACCCGUGUCCGUCCUCAUCGGGUGCAAACUCAGGAGACCAACGCAUGUCAGCAACUGGAUUCGAGGAGACUGAUCUGUCUUACAACAUUGGUGACGACCACGAUUCCAAAGAAACCGACGGGAUGAGUUCUAGAGCGUCGGACAGCGGCGCGGAGUCUAGCGGAUCGGAAUCACCGCCCCCCGCAGCAACAGGUCCAGCCACGCGGUCACCGCCGUCUCCGUCGCCGCCGACGUCCUCGGCCGCGGCAGCAGCAGCAGCAGCCGCCGCGUCUCCCGGGAUUUUCAGAUUGACGUCGAGCAACGCAGAAUUAGUGUACUCAAACCUAGCAGCCAUGGUUAAUUCGUCCGGCGCUUCCGGUCCACAACAACAGGCGGCCGUCCUGUUCCGGUUGGGGCAGUUAGGCCGACAGCUUCAGGCGUCCGGACAACAGCCGUUCAUACUGCCCAUGCCGAAUCCGCCAGCGGCUCACCAGACGCCCGCCGAUCUCAGCAGCAAGUCGUCGCGGAAUAAAUCAGAACUCUGAAAUCCUUACAGGCGGCCGGCGUCUAUGUAACUUCCAAAGUACAUGACAUUAUAAUAAUAUGUACCUGAAUAUACAUGUGCACGCCCGCGAUAGCGUCUUACAAAAUAUUUAUAUGUUUAUUAUUAUUAUUGUUGCGAUAUGUUAUAUAGAUUUUUUUCACACA